UUUAGAGGAAUAACUGAAGAUUUCAAAGGAAGACUUGAAUUUUAUAAACAAGAUUGGAUUUGUGCAAUUUGUACUGGUGUUAGAAUAUUGGCCCCAACUUUCUACAUAUUCUUUGCUUCUGCACUUCCUGUUAUUGCUUUUGGAGAACAACUUAAUAGAGAAACAGGUGGAAUCUUGAGCACAGUUGAAACAUUGACAUCCACAGCUAUAUGUGGAAUUAUCCACUCAAUAUUUGGUGGUCAACCUUUGUUGAUUGUAGGAAUUGCUGAACCAACUGUUAUCAUGUACACCAUUCUAUACAGUUUUUGCACAAAAAGACCAGAAUUAGGUGCCAAGCUGUUUUUGGCUUGGGCUGGUUGGGUUUGUGUUUGGACAUCAUUGUUGCUGAUGCUGCUUGCAAUUUUCAAUGCAUGUUCAAUUAUCACUAGGUUUACUAGGGUUGCAGAGGAAUUAUUUGCCAUGUUAAUUACUGUUCUUUUCAUGCAACAGGCUAUAGAGGGAAUCCUAAGUGAGUUCAAGAUACCGAAGGCUGAAAAUCCCUUGUUAGAGGAAUAUAAAUUUCAUUGGUGCUAUACAAAUGGAUUACUUGCAAUCAUUUUCUCUUUUGGGUUACUUUUCACUGCCAUGGUAAGUAGAAGUGCAAGAAAAUGGCGAUAUUUAACAGGGUGCAUACGAGGUGUCAUCGCAGAUUAUGGUGUUCCAAUUAUGGUAGUAUGUUGGACUGCACUAUCUUAUACCAUACCGAGCAAAGUUCCAUCUGGUGUUCCUAGAAGGUUGCUUUGUCCACUUCCUUGGGAACCUGAAUCUCUCUACCACUGGACUGUAGUUAAGGAUAUGGGAAAGAUACCCUUGCCAUACAUCUUUGGGGCAUUUAUUCCAGCAGUUAUGAUAGCAGGUUUAUACUUUUUUGAUCAUAGUGUAGCUUCCAAGAUGGCUCAACAGAAGGAAUUCAACCUUCAAAAACCAUCUGCUUACCACUAUGAUGUUUUUCUUCUUGGAAUAAUGACUCUUAUUUGCGGCAUUCUUGGUCUCCCUCCAGUAAAUGGAGUCCUUCCUCAGUCCCCUAUGCAUACUAAGAGUUUAGCGACUCUUAGAAGGCAGUUGAUCCGAAGGAAGUUGGUUAAGAGUGCCAAGGAAUGCAUUAAGCAACAAGGAAGCAACUCUGAAUUAUACGGAAAAAUGCGAGCCGUGUUUAUAGAAAUGGAUGCCGCACCUACCGUAAGUAUUGUUAAAGAGUUGGAGACUUUGAAGGAGGCUGUAAUGAAAACUAACGAAAAAAAUGGUACAAACGAAAAAUUCGAUCCUAUUAAACAUAUAGAUGCCUAUUUUCCUGUUAGAGUUAAUGAGCAAAGAAUGAGCAACUUGUUGCAGUCUCUCCUUAUCGCUUUAUCACUUUUAGCCGUUCCUAUCAUCAAAAGGAUACCUACCUCCGUUCUUUGGGGAUAUUUUGCUUAUAUGGCAAUUGAUAGUCUCCCAGGGAACCAAUUUUGGGAAAGGAUAUUGCUUCUUUUCAUCAGCCCCAGAAGGCACUACAAAAUUUUGGAAGGCUCUCAUGCCUCAUUUGUAGAGUCAGUACCAUACAAGACAAUAGCUACAUUUACAGUUUUACAGUUUCUAUAUUUUGCAAUCUGUUAUGGAUUGACAUGGAUACCUAUUGGUGGAAUAUUGUUUCCAUUACCUUUCUUCCUUCUCAUAGCUAUAAGAGAGAGAUUGCUUCCAAAGUUAUUCGAUGCAAACUAUCUUCAAGAAUUAGAUGCUUCUGAAUAUGAGGAAAUUAUUGGUGCUCCACAUAAUAUACCACUAAUGGAAAAAGAUGUGCGUACUAGUACCGAUAAUGAUACCUCAGAAGAAGAUUAUUAUGAUGCAGAGUUAUUGGAUGAGAUGACAACUAAUAGGGGAGAAUUGAAAUGCAGAACAGUAAACCAAAAUGAUAGUAGAAGCUAA